AUGUCCUCAGCAUUCCUAACUCUCACCGCAUCCUCCCGCGUCCAUGCCCAGCGUCUAGCUUUCACGUCCCUAACCGCCCGGCGGGCCCUUACACAAACUUCCCUUCGCCGGGAUGCCCCCGGCGGUCUAAAAGAAGACGCAAUAGAUUUAAGUUCUGAAUCGACGGAGAUCCACAAGCGCGACUCUCUGGAGAAGCAGAAGCAAGGCAAGGGCCACUGGAAGCCGGAGUUGGCGAGCGUGAGCGAGGAGAGUGUGAAGGCAGAUCGAUCGGGUCCGCGCAAGACAGACCCGGAGUCGAUUCGACUUUUGCAGGAGCAGACCAAGUAUUCGGCUGAGGAGAGGGCCAAGAAGGGGACUAGUGUGUCGGAUGGGUUGGAGGAGAAGGCUUGA